AGUUUAUGCCGCGACUAUACAAUUAUAUUCUUUAUUUAUGGCCGACAGACGAAAUGGCGGAAAAAAUUAUAAAACUAACGAGAGAAACACUGGAAUACAGAGAGAAGAACAAUCUCUUGAGGCCCGAUUUUAUGAAUAUACUUUUAGAUCUUAAGAAACAUCCAGAAAAGAUUGGCCUUGAAAUAACAAAUGAAUUUUUGGCGGCACAAGCAUUUAUUUUCUUUGUUGCCGGUUUCGAAACUUCAUCAUCAACGAUUAGCAAUGCUCUUUACGAAUUAGCUUUGAAUCCUGAUAUUCAGGACAAGUUACGAGAAGAAAUCAAGGAAUUCGCAGCAAAAAAUGACGGAGAAUGGAGAUACGAAACCAUAAAGGAAAUGGAAUAUUUGGGAAAAGUUUUUCAAGGUGAAUAUUAUUGAAUAGUUUUCUUAAAU